CAUCAUGCAUCAGCCAUCGAUGGCGAUACAUACCUUGAUUCGAGGCCGUAUCAUAUCACUCAGGGGUUCCAUGUGUCUACCACACUCUUUAUUCGACCAUCAUCCAUAACUACAUACCAUGGCCGCUAGACGGUGCCAUAUCAAUAACAGCAAGCUAUAGAGAUCAACAACUACCCCUAUCUAUAAUCCUGAUCUCAAUCAGAAUCAACAGCUCUCACUACCACCACCACGACUAUUAACCACCACCACCAUGCCAUCUAACCGCAAACCACCACCCCGUUUGACAUCACCUCCACCUCAGCAAAUGACUCGGAAACCUUCCCUCCACACGGGCCACGACGAACAAGGCCGCCCCGUUGCUUGGGGUGCCAGUCGGGCGCAAUCCCGUAUGAGUGGGCUAGGGCCAAUCCACCAAGGCGUAGGUCAAGAUGAGGAAUCGGAUCAGGCCGGGGAAGAAGCUGUUGGGUUGUUACAACCCACUCCGAGAAGAGAGGGGGAGGGAGAAGCGUUGAGCAAUUUCGAAGCUGCCGUACAGGCUUUGAGGUCUACCGGGGUCGCGGGGACGAGCUCUUCGGGAUCAAGCGAGGUCUCCAGCUCCACUGCACCUUCAAGACGAUCCUUCCAGAGUCAGCUUUACAGCGGGAACCGGACGGGGAUUCAGACGGGGCACUAUGUCAAGCGGAAUCAUCAUCACCCUCUCCCGACUCCACAAGCACAAGCCGCCCCGGUCGAUCUCAAUUACCCGAGUUCGAUCCAGUUUCACAAAUCCGCGGGGUACAUCAGCGUACCCAGCGUCAAACCCGUCGUCAGGACGAACGGAUACCAAGCUCUCGACGUCAACGGGAACGCCUCUGGCGGAUCGACGCCUACCGUGGGGAUAGGGGCUGGGUUGCCGGAUCUACCCGUCUAUCGGCCUGGCGGUGGGCUUCCCAUGCCAGUCUCGAUGCAGGGGAACAAGAAUCAGACUGGGUUGGGGAUCGGGUUACACCCUGUCCGUGCAAAAGAGGAUGAGGGUCCGGCGUCGACUGCCAGGAAUGGAAAUGGCAGGAACGUUUCCGGUCCGUUAAGACGGCGAGGGAGACGGAGUCGAAGUCCUACUCCUUUCCCGGACGACGAGGAUGAGGAUGCGGUUGGGGGGACAGCAAGGGCGGAGGACAAGGAGAAUACCGUAGGGUUAGGAGGAGGUCGACCGGAUCCGUUCGGUUCGAUCGAGAUGGAUCUGGCUAGGAGGAAAAAGGAACAGGAAAAGGCCGAGUUGACGGCGAUCUAUGACACAGCCGUCAAACGACAAGCCUUGAAGAAAGGAUACGCCAUGUACGUCGAUGUCGAAGCCGAUGGCCACGGUGACGGGACCGGAGAUAUGGGAGAGGUCGAGAUGAUGGAGACCGUGCCCAGGUAUCCCUACAACCGUGAGGAUGAGGAAAAGAGGAGGAGCGUCGAUCUCGUCUCGUACCAUACCAAGGACCCCAGAUCGUCCGUGUAUGCGCCGUUCGAUCAUGCCGACGAGAAAGACGGUCUAGACAUUGGAGAUUACAAGCAUACCGACGGGCCCAACGAUCUUCGUUACCAGGACGAAACCGACGACGAUGACGACGAUGAAAUCGACGAAAAGUCCAAGUUCCCUCCUUCUUCGACGGCACACUUCGGUCCGGCCCCACAGGGUCGGGUCAUGAGGCGACAUUUACAGAAAAAGGCGAAAAAGGUCGUCGAGCUCACAGAGGGGAACUUGGUCAUCGACCUCAAGAUCCCGACCAAGUUGGAAGGGUUCUUACCCGCCGCGACGAGAGGGAGGAUGGGAGAGGACGGGGACGAGGUUUUGUACACCAGAUACUCGGCUGUCACUUCGACACCAGACGACUUUGUUGCCGAAAACUUUACACUCCGACAGACGCAGUAUGGACGAGAGACCGAGCUCAUGAUCGUCAUCACCAUGUACAACGAGGACGAAAUCUUGUUCCUCCGGACGUUACAUGGAGUCAUGAGGAACAUUGGACAUCUCGAAGGGAGAAAAAAUUCGGGAACGUGGGGUCCGGGGAGUUGGAAGAAGGUGGUCGUGUGCAUCGUCGCUGAUGGCCGUAAGAACAUCAGUCCAAGGGUUCUCGACUGCCUGGCCUCGCUCGGUGUUUACCAAGAAGGAGCCAUGAAGAACUCGGUUCAGGAUAAACCCGUACAGGCUCACGUGUUCGAAUACACGUGCACCAUGGGCUUGACACCAGACAUGAAGUUCAAAUUCGCUAGUACCGACAAGGGCAUGGUUCCGACUCAAAUUCUGUUUUGCUUGAAGGAGAAGAACGCCAAGAAGAUCAACAGCCAUCGAUGGUUCUUCAAUGCGUUCUGCCGGUCGCUUGAGCCGAAAGUGUGCAUCCUCCUCGACGUCGGGACUCGGCCUGGUCCCAAAUCGCUUUAUCAUCUGUGGAAGGCGUUCGACCAGAAUUCCCAGGUUGGAGGCGCUUGCGGCGAAAUCGCAGUGUACAAAGGUCGAGCGUGGAAGAGUUUACUCAACCCGCUAGUCGCAUGCCAGAACUUCGAGUACAAGAUCUCCAACGUCUUAGACAAGACGACUGAGAGCGUAUUUGGGUACUGCGCAGUGCUCCCAGGGGCAUUCUCCGCGUACAGAUGGCUGGCGUUGCAAAACGAUACGACUGGCAAAGGCCCUUUAGCAAGCUACUUCAAGGGUGAAGUAUUACAUGGUCGUGAUGCCGACAUGUUCACAGCCAACAUGUACCUCGCGGAAGAUCGAAUCCUCUGCUGGGAGAUUGUCGCCAAACCGAAACACAAUUACGUGCUAAAAUAUGUCAGCGCCGCAGUCGGCGAAACAGAUGCGCCUGAAGCCAUUCCAGAGUUUAUCAGUCAACGUCGUCGUUGGCUCAACGGAUCCUUCUUUGCGGCGGUCUACGCCCUUACCCACGUCUUUGACUUGUUCAAGACGGAACAUAGUUUCUUCCGCAAGAUGGCAUUGCUCCUGCAGGCUUUCUACAAUGCAAUCAUGCUUGCUUUCUCGUGGUUCUCUCUGGCCAACUUUUACAUCUUCUUCAUCAUCCUCACAUCGGCGCUAGAAGAUCCCGCUUUCGGAGUACCCAAGAUCUCGAUCUUGAACGCUGUGAUGCAAUAUGUUUAUCUGGGCACGGUCAUAGCCUGCUUCAUCUUCAGCAUGGGGAACAGACCACAGGGAUCUGUAUGGAAGUACACCUCAGCAGUGGUCAUCUUCGCCGUGCUUACGGUAUACAUGAUCGCUGCUGCUAUCGUCUGCAUGGUACAGGCCUUCAAAAACAUCCACGACCCCAUUUUUGCCCAAAUGAUCGUUUCUGUGGUGUCCACCUACGCUGUCUUUGUGGUUGCAAGCCUCCUGGCUGCAGAUCCCUUCCAUUUGUUGACUAGUGCGGGCCAGUACAUUCUCUUCCAAGCAUCCAGUAUCAACAUCCUGAAUGUUUACGGUUUCGCUAACACCAACGAUGUCAGCUGGGGUACGAAAGGCGCCGAUACCACGCAAAAUGACCUCGGAGCCGUCAAGGGUGUUGGAAACGAAGUUGAGGUGGAAUUACUGGCGGAUCAACACGACGUCGAUGCUGCUUACAGCGAGGCGCUCGACAACCUGAGAGUAAGGAAGCCGAUGGAAGCCGUCAAGGUAAAGUCGGCUUCACAAGAAGAGCAGAUGCAAAAAGACUAUUAUGCCAACGUGAGAACCAACGUCUUGCUCGGCUAUGUCCUCAGUAACGCGCUAUUAGCUUCAGUGAUCCUGGGCGGCAGCAGCAAAUACUCAACAUUCUCCGAGUCUUCCAGUCGAACAUCGGUCUAUAUGCUGUGCAUCUUGAUCUUUGUCGCAGGGACGAAUCUUUUCCGUUUGAUCGGGGCCAUCCUCUACUUACUUAUGGGCCUUGUCACCCGUCUUCGGGGCAUCUUCUAGACGCGCAAGGCGCAUGGACAUUAGACAUCUAUCGCAUCGUUGUAUACAAUCAUUCAUAUCCCGGCU